AUGGCGACUGACCCGUUUCCCCAACGCUUACCCACACUGGAUCGGCUGGGGGUCACUGAUCCUUCCAAUGUCUCCUCGUCUCAGAUAGCCACCGAGUGGCUCAACGCUUUCUCAGCUGCAAUAACUCAAAGUGAUACCGCAGCUGUCACCGAUCUCUUUCUCGAGGAUGGCUUCUGGAAGGACGUGGUCGCACUGACUUGGGAUUUCAGGACAUUCGAAGGAAGGGAGGACAUCAAGAAACUCUUGGAUGCUCGUCUCGCUGCUACGGGUCUUCACGAACUGUGUCUCUUACAGGAGCCAUUGAAUGAACCUGUGCUGCAAAAAGUUUUUCCUGAUUUUGUUUGGCUGCGGUUUUGCUUUGGCUUUACCACCAAGCAUGGCAAGGGGACUGCGGUCGUUUAUCUCGUUCCCCUUCCAGAUUCAAAGUGGAAGGCCUACAAUCUAUUAACCUGCCUUGAUUCAUUGACCGAUUUCCCUCAAAAGCUCGGUCCCCUCAGAAACAGAGAGGCCGAUCAUGGCGGUUGGGAAGAGAAGCGGCGCCAAGAGACCGAGUUCUCGAAUAAUGACCCAACAGUGAUUGUCAUCGGUGCAGGGCACAGUGGCCUUGAGACUGCCGCACACUUAAAGUACAUUGGUGUACCCACGCUUGUCAUCGAUAAGAAGCCUCGGGUUGGGGAUAGCUGGAGAGACCGUUAUAAGGCUCUUUGUCUGCAUGACACGAUCUGGUACAACCAAACACCAUACCUGAACUUUCCACCAACAUGGCCACUCUACACCCCAGCUGCAAAAUUGGCCAACUGGUUGGAAGGAUAUGCAAGUUUCCUCGAGCUCGACGUUUGGACUGCCUCAACGAUUACUAAGACGUCUUGGAACGAUAGCACGAAAACCUGGACUGUCGAGGUCAAUCGCGGCGGUAAAGGUACUAGGGUUCUAACCGUUAAGCACCUCGUUUUCGCCACGGGAUCCGGCGGUCGCCCGUAUGUCCCCGACAUUCCCGGGAAGGCGAGCUUCAAAGGGUCUGCCGUGCACUCGUCAGAGUUCAAAUCCGCGGCUAAUCAUGUCGGUAAAAAAGCAAUCGUAGUCGGUUGUUGCAAUUCUGCGCACGACAUUGCUCAAGAUUUCUGCAGUCACGGCGUCGACAUCACGAUGUAUCAGCGAUCGUCGACGUUCGUGAUCUCGGCGGAGUCGGUAGCAGCAAUGCUAGGCGCUGUCUAUAAGGAGGACUUCCCCACCGAGCUGGCUGAUAUUUAUAAUACCUCGCUACCUUGGGCAGUUGUUAGGCGGCUGCAUCAACGUGUAGUUCCUAUGGUUGCUGGGACCGCAGACAAGGCAAUCCUAGAUGGAUUGGCCAAGGUUGGCUUUAAGACCAAUCUUGGCAUACAUGGAGCAGGUAUCAUGUCCCUUUACCUAGAGCGCGGUGGUGGCUACUACAUUGAUACCGGAGCGAGUAAAUCUAUCAUCGAUGGGGAUAUCAAAAUCAAGAACGGUUCCGCCAUCGAGUCCUUCACGGAAAACGGCCUUCGACUUGCUGAUGGCACCGAGCUGCAGGCAGAUAUCAUAGUGUUUGCUACUGGUUAUGGCGAUCCCCGUGACUUCAUGCGCGAGGUCUGUGGAGAUGAAGUCGCAUCAAAAAUCACCAGGGUCUGGGGUCUAGAUGAAGAAGGGCAAUCUGCGGGAGUGUGGAGGUACUGCGGGCAUGAUGGUCUGUGGUUCGCAAAUGGUAAUUUGGCUCUAUCGCGUUUCCACAGUCUCCAUUUGGCUUUGCAAAUCAAAGCGAUAGAAGAAGGUAUUUUGAACAAGGCGGAUGUGAUUAUUUGA